AUCGAGACGGUGGAGGAGCUGUUGGACUUCUGCUGGAUAUAUGCAGAGCAGCUAGCAAGCUGCAGUCUGCUUUGUGCUGCAAAGCUCCACGCACUGGCGGUGCGGACGCAGAGAAGCGCGAGUAAGCUCAUGGAGGACGAGGAGGUGCUGGUGAGGUUGCGGUGGUCGCUCGUGCUGAAGCCUCUGCUGUUCAAGCCGCUGUUGCAACAUGCCAUCGCACUGAAGGUCCUUCCAGGCAAAACGAUGGCAGGCCAAGUCGGGAUGAGCCACGAGUUGGGUGGUCUUGUGAGGCUAGUCGAUCUUGGCAGUCGAGAGAGGAUUUUCAGGGAGAUGAAAGCGAGCAGGGAAGAGUUAGAGAGAGCAUUCACCACUGCUGCCGCUCACGUGCAUGCUACCAAGCCGGACACCAAGGAAGCAUCGAUUGUUGAAGACUCUGCAGUGAAGUAUGUCGAAUCGCUACCAGUUGACAAGAAGAAACUGCUUCUUGCCGAGCUGGAACGAGACCUGGACGACGCUCCACCGCAUUUGUUUCCGCACAUCUUCAUGGUCUUCAGCUUGGUAACCAGUGCGGUUAUAUCGUCCGCAGAAGGCUCAGAGCUACUCAUGAACGCCGUUGAGAUCCUGCUCUCCGUUUUCGACCGCCGAAUUCACGACCCGUCCAGCUGCCUCGACGCACUUGGACUGCUGCUUCGACUAUCGCUCGCUAGCCAUCCACUCUGGCAAGACAACGCACCGCUCUACCUCAACACCGUCGAGUCCCUGUCGGAGACCGCAACUAUCCAAGUCGAUCCAAAGGUGAAGUGGGCCGCCCGAAUGGCCCUGCAGCAGCUACUGUUCGAGUGCAACGUCCUGCUUCUCCACCAGAACCAAGCGAACCUACGUAACGUGCUGCUUCCAAGCACAAUGCGGCUCGUCUCCAUCCGCCUGGGAAGUUAA